GCGCGAGCCGAUGACGACACAGUGGCAGGGCGCCUGUGGCUGCUCGUGGGCCGCGGUGGUGAGCGGCUCACCUUGGUGGACCCUGCUCGGCCAUGCCGUCGCGAUGACCGUCUGUCAGUUCUUCCUUCAGGGCCGGUGCCGCUUUGGAGAACGGUGCUGGAAUGAACACCCCGGGGCCCGGGGGGCGGGGGGCGGAGGACGGCAGCAACUCCAGCAGCCGCCUUCAGGCGGCAACAGACGCGGGUGGAAUCCGCCAAGCCAGAGGUACUCCAGUGUCAUCCAGCCAUCCAGCUUUUCCAGGUCGGCGCCCUGGGGAGGCAGCAGAGACCAGGAGCGAGCCGCCUUUGGUUCCUUCGAUUCUGGCACUGCCACGGUCAGGGACAGGGGCUUUGGGCUGUCUCAGAACUCCUUUGCUUCGCUUGACACCCACGGACAGGAAGAUGAAAAGAAACUUCUGGAAGGAAUUAUAAAAGAUAUGAUGGUUUGGAAGUCGUCAGGACAGUGGAUGUUUUCUGUUUAUUCACCAGUAAAAAGGAAAUCCAAUAUUUCAGGUUUUACAGACAUAUCACCAGAGGAGUUGAGGCUUGAAUACCAUAACUUCUUAACCAGCAAUAACUUACAGAGUUAUCUAAAUUCUGUGCAACAAUUAGUUAAUCAGUGGAGCAAGAGGGUAGAAGAACUGAAAACUAUCAAUGCCUCGACCAAAGCAGCCCUGCUCUCUGAUGCGAAGGAUAGAAUGAGUGAAGCAGCACCGGCACUGGGCUUUGGCAGGAGCCAGACAGCGACUUUCGGGGCACCUGGUUUCCCCGUGAAAAGCAGCAGUGAUAAUGCUCAGGUCUUUAACUUUAAGCUCAGCUCUGGAUUUGGCACCACCCCCUCGGGAGGCCCUGCAGUGUUUGGGGGUCCUCCAGCCUUUGGGGUGGGCCCUGCCGCCGGCGCUGCUUCCACACCCUCCUUUGGGUUUGGGAAGCCUGAAGUCACAUCCGCUGCUGCCUUCUCUUUUAAAAGCCCUGCAACUUCCAACUUGCAGUCACCAGGUUUUUCGGGAUUUGCAGCGUCCUCAGCGGCAGGCCCUGGCGGAGUCCCCGGAGCCCCAGCCUUUGGUAGCGGCGUGUCUGCGGCUGGUUUCGGUCAGGUGGGCUCGCAGUCGCACGCUGCCUUUUCCAAGCCAUCCAGCAACAGCUUUGGAAGCAGCAGCACCUCCUUCUCGCUCCCAGUCUCAAAUGCCACUGUGGCCACAGACAAUGCGCUGUUCACACCCAAGGACCAACUCACCGCAGAAGAACUGGAGCAGUUCCAGUCUAGGAAGUUUACUUUGGGAAAAAUCCCGCUGAAGCCGCCACCCCUGGAGCUUCUAAAUAUUUAAAAGGUGCAAUUGCAUACAGACAAGAAUGUCUUCAGUUAUUUUGAGUGGUUCACAUAAACACACAUACAUGUAUGUUAGACAUACGCAUAUGAACAGGGAAUAGAUAAACUCACCGAUAAC